UGCUGUCCCCGGUCGUUCGACUUCUCCGGGACAUGGAGGACGUGGAGGUGCGCUUCGCCCACCUCUUGCAGCCCAUCCGAGACCUCACCAAGAACUGGGAGGUGGACGUGGCGGCCCAGCUGGGCGAGUACUUGGAGGAGCUGGACCAGAUCUGUAUUUCCUUCGACGAAGGCAAAACCACGAUGAAUUUCAUCGAGGCUGCACUGUUGAUCCAGGGUUCAGCUUGUGUCUACAGUAAGAAGGUGGAGUACCUCUACUCGCUGGUCUACCAGGCUCUUGAUUUCAUCUCUGGCAAGAGGCGGGCCAGGCAGCUCUCUUCGGUGCAUGAAGAUGGGGCCAAUGGGACCGCCAGCUCCAGGACCCCCCGGGAAGCAGAGGACGAGUUCCUGCUGCUGCAUGACUUCCCUGACUCCCGGGCAAACGUGGAUCUGAAGAACCAGGCGCCCAGUGAUGUCCUCAUUGUCCCCCUGCUGCCCAUGGCUCUGGUGGCCCCUGAUGAGAUGGAGAAGAGCAGCUACCCCCUGUACAGCCGUCAGGGUGAGGUCCUGGCCAGCCGGAAGGAUUUCAGGAUGAACACGUGCACUCCCCACCCGCGAGGGGCCUUCAUGCUGGAGCCGGUGGGCAUGGCCCCUGCCCCAAGGAGUCAGAAGGGAGCGGCUGGGCUGACCUGUCUAGCCCCACCUCUGCCAGAUGCCCAGAGGGCUGAGGAGCAGUCAGUUGGGGUUUCUGGGUGCAGGAGUCCCGGCCAGGAACCAGUUCCCUCUCCAGAAGGCCCGAUGCACAGCAGUGGGAGUGAGGAGGAAGAUGUGGAGGUGGCGGCAGAACUCCCUGAUGACACAGCCCCCAAGAGCCCUCUGGAGCCUGGGGAGCCAGGGAGCCUGCGGCAGAGUGCUGCCCUGCCCAGGAGGUACAUGCUUCGGGAACGAGAGGUGGCUGUGGAGCCCAUGUCCCAGCUGAAGGAGACCCCAGACCCCUGGAAGAGCUUGGACCCCUUUGACUCCCAGGACUCUAAGCCCUUCAAGAAAGGUAAACCCUACUCUAUACCCCCUUGUGUGGAGGAGGCUCCAGGACAGAAGCGCAAGAGGAAGGGCAGCACCAAGCUGCAGGACUUCCACCAGUGGUACCUGGCUGCCUAUGCUGACCAUGCUGACCACAGGAGGCCCCGGCGAAAGGGCCCAUCCUUCGCAGACAUGGAGGUCCUGUACUGGACGCAUGUGAAGGAGCAGCUGGAGACACUCCGAGAGCUGCAGAGGAGAGAGGUGUCCGCACGGUGGCUGCCAAGGGCUGAGGAGGGGCUAUGGCCUGCAGAGGACGACCGCCUGGAGGACUCCCUGGAGGACCUUGGGGCUGCAGAUGACUUUCUGGAGCCUGAGGAGUACGUGGAGCCAGAGGAAGCAGAGCCCAGGGAAGCGGCUGAUCUGGAAGCAGAGGGUGUGCAGGCAUCCCUGAGCUAUGAGGAGCUGGUUCGAAGGAAUGUGGAACUCUUCAUCGCUACCUCCCAGAAGUUUGUCCGGGAGACGGAGCUGAGCCAGCGCAUCAGGGACUGGGAGGGCACCAUCCAGCCCUUACUCCAGGAGCAGGAGCAGCACGUGCCCUUUGAUAUCCACACCUAUGGGGACCAGGUGGUCUCUCAGUUUCCGCGGCUCAAUGAGUGGUGCCCCUUUGCGGAACUGGUGGCCGGCCAGCCUGCCUUUGAGGUGUGCCGUUCCAUGCUGGCCUCCCUGCAGCUGGCCAAUGACUACACGGUGGAGAUUACCCAGCAGCCAGGGCUGGAUGCAGCUGUGGACACCAUGUCCCUGAGGUUGCUCACACACCAGCGAGCCCAUAAGCGCUUCCAGACCUACGCCGCCCCCUCCAUGGCCCAGCCUUGAGUGCAGAGCACUGAGCAUUUGUACUGCCGGGGUGUGCUCAGGAGCCGCACACCUGCCGGCCACAGUGUCACUCCCGGGCUGGCCCAGCCUAAUAAAGUAGCAAUGUUACCCCCCA